CACUGAGGCUGGCUGAGAAGCAGCGACGGAGGCCCCGGUGUUGUGUUGUGUGGGGGUGCAGACGCAGUGAGAAAGUGGUGGUGGAGUUGUGUACACAACCAGCGAGUCCGCAGCCCAGUAAACAUAGCGUGGACACCAAUCAGAAGGUUCUUGAUGUAGCCAAGUGGAGAGCGUUGGUGUGAAGAUGUGUGAUCAGAGACCUGUCAGUAAGCACAGUCAUAUGAUGAACAGUGAUGAUGUGGACGAGCUGUCAGACAGCGACAACUCUGAGCCUGAAGAACAACCCAGCAGAGCUCCCUUUGACCCAGACCUGGACCACGAUGAUGAUGAUGACAGUGAUGGUGAUGAGUUGUGUGCAACAGUGCCUGUUAACACAGUUCCGAGUUCAUUCAGUCUGAGCGGAGGGAGCUCAGCCUUCUCAGACCGCAGCCACAGCAUCUUUGACUGCCUGGACAGUAUUGACCGGCAGACUUUGUCCUCACUAAAUCAGAACCCUGUUACAGACAAACCCCCGCUUUACACUCAAAAGACAAACCAUCCUCCAUCCAUCUGUCCCACACCACCAAAGAAGAGAGGAGUCCCAGACUACUUGGUGCAUCCUGAGCGAUGGACACAUUACAGUCUGGAGGAUGUGAGUGAGACCAGUGAUCAGGACAACAGCAGGGUGGCCCAUCAGUUCCUGGCCAGUCUGGCACAAGAGGCAAAAGCUGAUUCCCCCUGUGACAUCCAGCAGAAGGUGAUGUUCUCCAGACCCAAGCGACUGCCGAAGGAACAAGCUGCUGAACAGCUGUCUCCUGUGAGAACAAAGAGGAUGCAUCUGAGUCACCUAGUGGAGGAGGAUGAGGGUGAAGAGGCAGAAGGACGGAAAUCUAAAGAAAGUCUCGAAAAGACUGAGAAAGGCCAAAAAGACGAAGAGGAAGCCGUGAGUGGAGCUGUGAUUCAAGGAGACGAAAUGAAGGCAGAAGAAUCCGGCCCCAACUUUACCUCCUUCAGGAAUAUGAAGGCUAAAAACUACAGGAAGCGCUCAAGACGUGAGGACAACUGACUACAGCACAACUCCUCUUUACCAUCAGCAGGGCUCAUCUCAACGUCACGUUGUCCAGCCACACACAUGAACUGAAACCUGCUUACACUGAGCCCACUGUAGUGGCUUCACCCACACGCACGCGUUCUGUUUCACCUGAAAGCCAACCCAGCAGGGACAUCCCAGAGUCCUUUUAGCAGCACUUCACUGCUGCUUUCCACUGUUUGUUAUGGAGUUUUUAGUUCUGCUUGUAUUUUGUAUUCUGGAAUAAUCUGUCUUCAAUCAAUUAUUGAUCACAGACUUCAAAUCAUUUUUGGGCUGUAUAUUAUAAAAAAUGCAUAAUUGAAAGUGAAACAUUCAAUUAUGCAUUUAGUAAUAAUGAAUACUACCAUUGUAUUAAAAAACUUUUGAAAUCAAUACCAGUACACAGAUGUGUAACCAGCUGUUAAUUCAAAUUCAGGCCUUAUUUUUGCAGUAAGUGCCAGUUUGAAAAGUCUGCUUUUAACUGAGUUUUUCUCAGUUUAUAAACAAAUUCAUGUAAAAAAAACAAAACAAAAAAACAUCACAACUGCAACCAGAGAUGCAAAAAUGUUUGCAUGAGUCUGUUUUCACCCAUUUGCAUUGUUUCAUGCGACUGCCCUUCUUUUGGAAUGAAAUUAAACGAAGUCUUCUGA